AUGGAACACCAGUACUUACAGAAACACCUAUACAUUCUUGCAGCUAUCGGCUUGGCAAUUCUAGGUGUGACUGCUCACCUCUAUGCCUGGGGCCCGCUCCAAGCAGUCGAUUCGGGUGGAUGUCGAGGGACUUACAUGUAUCCAUCGUACGCCCGGAUCAAAUCAUUUGAUGAAACACACACUGAGUAUGCUCUGAAAUACUCCUUAUAUUUGUACAGAGAACAAGGAAAAGAUCCGGUUCCAGAAGAUGGCCAGGGCUUCACGCAGCUCACUGGUGUUCCGGCAUUGUUUAUCCCUGGGAAUGCUGGCUCAUACCGUCAGGUCCGCUCCAUUGCGGCCGAGUGUGCCAAUUUGUAUUUUGGAGAGGAAGCCUCGGAGCUAAAUAAUCCUUAUAGGGCCAACUACGACUUUUUCACUGCUGACUUCAAUGAAGACUUCACUGCUUUCCAUGGACGAACGCUACUCGACCAAUCGGAAUACUUGAACCAAGCAGUGAAAUUUAUAUUACAGCUAUAUGCCGAUAGGCCAAACGCUCCAACGUCGGUAGUCAUUUUAGCCCAUUCUAUGGGUGGUAUUGUGGCCAGAGUCAUGCUCACACUAGACAGCUACGUGCCCGAUUCGAUAAAUACGAUCGUGACAUUGGCAUCUCCCCAUUCUGCAUCGCCUUUGACUUUUGAUGGAGACAUUCUAAAGGUAUACCUGGCUGCGGAUCGCUUUUGGGUUGCUGGUUUCAACACCAAUACUCUGGAUUUUAAGGCUCAAGAAAGACUCAGGAAUGUCUCGCUCAUCUCCAUUACUGGAGGUGCCCUUGAUUCAGUUCUUCCAGCAGACUACACUGCACUUGGUUUCCUAGUUCCCCCAGAAAACGGAUUCACAGUCUACACGACUGGUAUCCCCGAAGUCUGGACUGCCAUGGACCAUUUAGCCAUUGUGUGGUGCCAUCAACUUCGCAGAAGAGUUCUGAAAGCAUUAAUGGAAGUAAUCGACUCGCGCUCUUCUCAAAGAACCUACCCGCUUCAGAAGCGAAUGAAGAUUUUCUCGGACAAUCUCCUCACCGGCUUCGAGAGCAUCAGUCCCAAACAGGAAGCAUCAGUAUCUAAUUUGGUCAAUCUAAAAAUUGAUGUGAAAGACACAGUUGUGUAUAACGGGCCUGAAUUUCUAUGGAGGUCAAGCGAGCUCAUGGGCCAUGGUGAAUCCUUUUUUUUACUUCCAAUUAAUGAAAACUCCAGUGUUCUGAUUUUGAAUGACAAAUUGCUCAACCCUGAUAUUCCACUUGAUCUGGCCAAGUACAUGGGCGUAUAUCUCUGCAGAAGGGGAACCGAGAGCUCCAAACUAGUGGAUUUUACGACUUCAAAGACGAACGAGUUCAUGCAACUCACGUGUUUGGACGUUCACGCUGAUUUAAGAACCAUUCCAAGGUCAACAAAGGACAUUAAUUCUGCCGCGGACUCGUCACUUGGCGGGGACAAACGCCCUUUCCAAGCGCUUCAGUACCAAGGCAAAGACUUGGGUGAGUUCGACAAACUUCUUGUAGUGGAUCAAAGGGAGAAGCUCAAUGGGAAAAUUCCAGCAGAGUAUCAAUCUCUAGAGGAUCCAGGUACAAUCGGCCCCAAGUCAGGAUUUUUAAUAGUCCAGACAAGCAAUACCAAAAUGUCUACUACUCAAUUACGAGGAAACAUGUUUUCGCUCAUCAGAAAUGGAGCGGAAAUUUCCAUGUUAUCAUCCAGGCCACUCGCACUCAACGUCAAUAUACCAGGAGCAUGGUCUAGCAUCCUCGCUUAUAAGGUUAGAAUCAAGCAGCAAAGCGGAAAACUUUUCGCACCUUUCAUUCGUCAAUGGAAAGAAGACCCUUACGAAACCAAGUGGAUUGUUAACAUCAAAGAAAAUUGUGUCCUUCUGAUCUCUAUGCAUGGUAUCGCGCCCUUCACUCCAUUCAUCCAUGGAAAGCUGUCCCAUGGACUUAAUCUUGAGAUCUGGUCGGAUCCUGAAGGUGGCUGGUCUGAGGAUAAAGUUCCUGCCGUUGAGGUCAUGUUGUCAAUUGAUUGGUAUAAUAGUUUGAAAUUACUUGUCUUGCGCUAUAGAAUUGCCGUUGUCUCAUUCUGUUUCGCAGUGGCUGUGGCUUCUAUGUUGAUCCAAAUUGUACAAUUUAACAAGUGUGGCAGGUUCCUUGGUUUCAUUCACGGAUUGGCACAGCUCGCGCAACCCAAAACUCUCAUAUUUGCUCUCAUCGUCUUGUCUGCUUUAACACCCUUGGUGAAGAUAAAAGCCAUCCAGGUCCUAUUAGAUCUCAUUGAUCCAGUUGUUCUUCAAGACCCCAAUGAAAUCAACUUGAGUCUCAACGAUGAUUUUACACUCAACUCAUUUUUCCUUGGACUCGAAGAAACACCUUUGUUUUUUGCUGGCCCACUUUUCUACAUCAUGGCCAUUGGAAUUAAUUUUGUUCUAUACUACGCUGUUGUCGUUUUGGCUUACAUUCUCAUAACAAUAGCUAAUUGGCUGAUGGUCCUUUCGAGACGUAAGCGUCCGGCCUCAAAAACGAUAUCUCCCAGCGGGCAUAAAGGCGCCAAGAGAAAGUUUGUCAUGACAGUAGUUGUUCUAGUAAUGGUUCUGUUUUACUUGCCUUACCAGUUCACAUACAUGAUCAGUUUUUUGAUACAGGCAAUCAAUUGUUUAAAAGUUCUCUGGAAUCGCUCGCCAAUAUCUCUGUGGCACUUUAACAUCAGCAUGCUUUUAAUCAUGCUCUGGGUCUUGCCCAUCAAUGUUCCCGUCCUUGUCGUAUUUAUCCACAAUAUGGCAUUGAGAUGGACAACACCGUUUUCGUCGCACCACAACUUUUUGGCGGUCGCGCCAAUCCUCAUCCUAGUAGAAUUGCUCAGUUUUUAUACCGAAACGAGCCCAUUUGGCAAAUACUCAGCCGUUGAGCCCCGCCAACAACCAGACUCUAUUCUCAACAAGGUCACGAUGGCAAUACUAGGGUACACCAUCGCUUACAGUCUCAUUUACGGAGUAAGACACACGUACUGGCUCCAUCAUCUAUUCAAUGUUUGGUGCGGUUGGUUGAUACUACUAGUUGGUAACCAAAUUUCGGUGGCCAAAGAGCAGUACAAGCAUCAUUAA